UAUCCUCUUCCUGUCGAGGGAAGAGUGACCACUCACAAUUAUUGCCAAAAUUUCAUCCUCCAUCCCCUUUUUUCUAAGGAAAAAAUAUGGAGGAAUAUCAUAGAUAUAUGCUUAUAUUAGCCCUUGUUUUCUUCAUCCCCGUGCAAUGUAAGGAAGUGAAAAGAUUCAGUGAUGUUACCUACGAUUCGCGGUCCUUGGUGAUUAAUGGCAAUAGAGAGCUCCUCUACUCCGGUUCAGUCCAUUACCCUCGUGUUCCCGUCGAGGAAUGGGAGAAUAUACUGGACAAGUGCAAAGAAGGAGGCCUUAAUGUGAUCCAAACCUACGUGUUUUGGAACGUGCAUGAACCUGUUAAGGGCCAGUAUAAUUUCACUGGUCAGAACGAUAUUGUUAGAUUCAUCAAACUUAUUGGUGAGAAAGGCAUGUGGGUGACCCUUAGGGUCGGACCAUUCGUUCAAGCUGAAUGGAACAAUGGAGGAUACCCAUUUUGGCUAAGAAAGGAGCUUAACAUUGCAUACCGAACAGAUAAUUCAGUGUUUAAGGCACAUAUGGAGAGAUGGGUCACCAAGAUCAUAAGCUUAAUGAAGGAAAACGAGUUAUUUUCCUCACAAGGAGGUCCUAUUAUCCUAUCUCAGGUGGAGAAUGAGUAUGAUACUAUUAGAGAGGCCUAUAGAUUCGGUGCUGCGGAGAGAUAUAUCCGCUGGGCUGCAGAUAUGGCUGUUGGACAGAAAACUGGUGUGCCAUGGCUCAUGUGCAAGCAAAAAGAUGCCCCUGGCGAAGUGAUCAAUGCUUGCAAUGGUAGACAUUGUGGAGAUACCUUUUCAGGUCCAAAUGCACCUAACAAGCCUUCUUUAUGGACUGAAAACUGGACUGCACAAUUUAGAGUUUUCGGAGAUGUACCUUCUCAAAGGGCAGCGGAGGAUACCGCCUUUGGUGUGGCACGUUGGUUCUCAAAGAAUGGAAGUCAUACGAACUAUUACAUGUAUUAUGGUGGUACAAACUAUGAAAGAACCGCUGCAGCCUUCAGUACCACUCGCUACUAUGACGAAGCUCCACUUGAUGAAUAUGGUUUGAAAAGGGAGCCUAAAUGGGGACAUUUGAGAGAUUUGCACCGCUCUUUAGCUCUAAGCAAGAAGGCUAUUCUUGCAGGCAGAUAUGGUGUCGAAAAAUUCGGUCCAGAUUUGGAGGCACGUUACUACACAAAAGGAAAGCUUUGUGCAGCUUUUCUAUGGAACAACAAAACUCAUUCAUCAGGAACUGUGAAAUUCAGAGGAAUAGAGCAUACUCUCCCACCCAAAUCCAUCAGCAUCUUGCCAGAUUGCAGGACUGUCGUCUUUAAUACAGAUUAUAUUGUAAGUCAACAUAGUGCAAGAGAAUUUGUUAGGUCUGAAAAGGCUCACAAGGGUCUGAAAUGGGAGAAGACUCAUGAGCACAUACCAACUAAGUUUGAUCGCUACGCAAGGGAUCCACAGGAGCAGUUUCAUUUUGGUGAAGACAAAAGUGACUAUCUAUGGUACACUACUAGGAUAGAAUUGGACAAUGUCGACUUGCCUUUAAGAAAAUCAUUUCAACCAGUCUUAUGGGAAAAGCAUCUGGGGCACGCCGUACAUGCCUUUGUUAAUGGAGAAUUUGUAGGAACCAAACAUGGAAUCCACAGAGAUCCAGGUUUCACUUUCCAGGCACCCGUAAGAUUGAAGGAAGGUGUCAACAACAUAACAAUCUUGAGCACUGUGGUUGGAAUGCCGGAUAGCGGAAGCAAUAUGGAGAAAAGAUGGACAGGGCUCAAAAAUCUGGGACUCCUAAGUUUGGGUACCGGAAAUCUUGAUCUGUCAUUCAAUGGGUGGCAUCACAAGAUUGGUAUGGAAGGAGAGAAACUUCAAUACUUCACCGAGGAAGGAGCAAAGAAGGCGAAAUGGACUCCAGCAGAAGGAGCAGGGGAACUCCUCACUUGGUAUAAGGCGUACUUUGAUGCACCAGAGGGAGAUGAACCCCUAGCUAUAAGGAUGGAAAACAUGACGAAAGGAAUGGUUUGGGUGAACGGAAAAAGCAUAGGGCGAUACUGGUCUAGCUUCCUUAGUGUAAAGAAGGAGCCUUCUCAGAAAGAGUAUCACAUUCCAAGAGCAUUCCUUAAGGCCAAGGACAACUUGUUGGUGAUCUUCGAUGAGUCAGGUGGGAACAUAGACACCGUUCAGAUUGAAACAGUAAACCGCGACAUCAUAUGCAGCUACGUAGGGGAAGACAUGCCUCCCAGCGUGAUGUCAUGGAAGAGGGAUGAAGGGGAAUUCUUAGCUGCAAUUGAUGACUUAAGACCCAAGGCAUCGCUCGAGUGUCCUAAAAAUAAGGUCAUUAGUCGUGUUGAGUUUGCUAGCUUUGGUAAUCCUAACGGUGUUUGUGGUUACUUCCUCCUUGGAAACUGCUCCUCUCCGCUAACCCAAAACAUUGUUGAACAGCAUUGUUUGGGAAAAGAAAGAUGCACAAUUCCAGUUGAUAGGAAACUCUUGGAUAAAGACAACAAGAAGUGUGCAGGAGUAUCAUCAAAAACCUUGGCUGUGCAAGUGAGAUGCAGCCUCAAGGACUAGAAGAGCUUCUUUUUAUUUUGUUGUUAUCAUUUUUUUGAGAAAAACAAUGAUGGGGAACCAAGACAAUUAAGUAGCUAAAACAGGAUUUAUUUUGAUGGGGGUAUAUAAAAUUUGUUUAGUUUAACAAGAGUGGUCACUCACUCCAUGGCUGGAGCUGUGAAAAGAAAAAGUCAAAAUCAAUUAAAUGAAAAUUUAGACUAUAUAUGGGUCUUAUGUUCAAUUUUUAUGUUAUUUAUAUAAUAUUAAUA